GGGAGGGGCAGGAGCCACCGACCGCAGGAGGAGGAAAGGGGUUGUGCUCUUGGCCGAGCGUGGAGAAAGGGGCGGGGCCGGCGAGCAGCGCGUGGAGGUGCCGAGCUCCUGGGACCGGCGGGCGCGCGGGCGUCUCUGGCCUUCGCCGUCCCAGUGGCCGCCGCCGUCGCUUGGUCGCCGUCGGUCUGCGGGAGGCGGGUUAUGGCGGCGGCGGCAGUGGGAGCUGUGAAUGAAUUCUCCGGGUGGACGAGGGAAGAAGAAAGGCUCCGGCGGCGGCAGCAGCCCGGUGCCUCCCAGGCCUCCGCCCCCCUGCCUGGCCCCCGCCCGUCCCGCCCCCAGACCGGCCCCCCAGCCCGAGUCGCCGCAUAAGCGGAACCUGUACUACUUCUCCUACCCGCUGUGCAUAGGCUUCGCGCUGCUGCGUUUGGUCGCUUUCCACCUGGGGCUCCUCUUCGUGUGGCUCUGCCAGCGCUUCUCCCGCGCCCUCAUGGCCGCCAAGAGGAGCUCCCGGGCCGCGCCGGCGCCGGCCUCGGCCUCGCCCCCGGCGCCAGUGCCGGGCGGGGAGGCCGAGCGCGUCCGAGCCUUCCACAAACAGGCCUUCGAGUACAUCUCCAUUGCCCUGCGCAUCGAUGAAGACGAGAAAGUAGGACAAAAGGAGCAAGCUGUGGAAUGGUAUAAGAAAGGUAUUGAAGAACUAGAAAAAGGAAUCGCUGUCAUAGUUACAGGACAAGGUGAACAGUGUGAAAGAGCUAGACGCCUUCAAGCUAAAAUGAUGACUAAUUUGGGUAUGGCCAAGGACCGUUUACAACUUCUAGAGAAGCUGCAACCAGUUUUGCAAUUUUCCAAGUCACAAACGGAUGUCUAUAAUGACAGUACUAACUUGACAUGCCGCAACGGACAUCUCCAGUCAGAAAGUGGAGCUGUUCCAAAAAGAAAAGAUCCCUUAACACAUGCUAGUAAUUCACUGCCUCGUUCAAAAACAGUUAUGAAGACUGGAUCCACAGGUCUGUCAGGCCACCACAGAGCACCUAGCUGUAGUGGCUUAUCCAUGGUUUCUGGAGUGAGACAGGGACCUGGUCCCACAACUGGAACUCAUAAGAGUACACCAAAAACAAAUAGAACGAAUAAACCUUCUACCCCUACAACUGCUGCUCGUAAAAAGAAAGACUUGAAGAAUUUUAGGAAUGUGGACAGCAACCUUGCCAACCUUAUAAUGAACGAAAUUGUGGACAAUGGAACAGCUGUUAAAUUUGAUGACAUAGCUGGGCAAGAGUUAGCAAAACAAGCCUUGCAAGAAAUUGUUAUUCUUCCUUCUCUGAGGCCUGAGUUGUUCACAGGACUUAGAGCUCCUGCCAGAGGAUUGUUACUCUUUGGUCCACCUGGAAAUGGGAAAACAAUGCUGGCCAAAGCAGUAGCUGCAGAAUCCAAUGCAACCUUCUUUAAUAUAAGUGCUGCAAGUUUAACUUCAAAAUAUGUGGGAGAAGGAGAGAAAUUAGUGAGAGCUCUUUUUGCCGUGGCUCGAGAACUUCAGCCUUCUAUAAUUUUUAUAGAUGAAGUUGAUAGCCUUCUGUGUGAAAGAAGAGAAGGAGAACAUGAUGCUAGUAGACGUCUAAAAACUGAAUUUCUAAUAGAAUUUGAUGGUGUGCAGUCUGCUGGAGAUGACAGAGUGCUUGUAAUGGGUGCAACUAACAGGCCACAAGAGCUUGAUGAGGCUGUUCUCAGGCGUUUCAUCAAACGGGUAUAUGUGUCUUUGCCAAAUGAGGAGACACGACUACUUUUACUUAAAAAUCUAUUAUGUAAGCAAGGAAGCCCAUUGACCCAAAAAGAACUAGCACAACUUGCUAGAAUGACCGAUGGAUAUUCAGGAAGUGAUCUAACAGCUUUGGCAAAAGAUGCAGCACUGGGUCCUAUCCGAGAACUGAAACCAGAACAAGUAAAGAAUAUGUCUGCCAGCGAGAUGAGAAAUAUUCGAUUAUCUGACUUCACUGAAUCCUUGAAAAAGAUAAAACGCAGCGUGAGCCCUCAAACCUUAGAAGCGUACAUACGUUGGAACAAGGACUUUGGCGAUACCACUGUUUAAGGAAAGACCUUUGUAAGCCUGCAGAACAUUUUGCUUUCGAAGAGAGAAACACACCAUCUUCAUUGAAUAGUUAUCAGCUACAGAAAUUGAGCCUAAGUUUACAGGACUUUUCAGAGUCUUACAAUUAAGUCUUACUUGGGCACCCCAGCAGAUGCACCAUAAAACAAAAUUUAAAUAAAAUAUACAAUGCAAAUGGAGUAUUUUGUUGAAGGCCUGUUCAUGGUUAUCCCGAUGGGCACUGUAAGUUAGAGCACAACCAAAACUGAUUCUGGUCUUCUUUACCAAUAUAAUCAUAAUGUAAAUAAUAAUUUGUAUAUUGUGUUGCAGAUGAAAGUAUUCCAGAGACAGUGAAUGGUAGAAGACACAAGCGCCUUUGGUUGUUUGUCUUCUGAUGUCUUUUCUUAAAAUAAUAAUUUUUUCUAUUUUCCUUUCCUGCUGUUAUCUUUACUACAGAUGAUUAGAAUGCCAAACACUCUGAGUUUCUUUUUUUUCUUUUGUUUUACAAGUCCAGUGUGCCAAAUGAAACUUCUUCCUAUGUAACAGUAAUAGGAAUAAGUAUUUUGAAGGUUUUUUUUUUUCAUAAAUCUACACAUUAAAUACUGCAUUUCACUUUUCAUUUUUCUGUUACCUUGUUACCAAUUUAGAAAGCAAUUUGUUGAUAGCAACAAAGCAAAUCUAGUAAAAUAGAAAAAGAGACUGUCAGAAGGUUUGAGUCACUCUGUCAUUACAACAUGUAGAUCAAUCCUCAUGUGACCUGCAGUAUUUUUUUCUAAUAUAUCUGUCAGAAAUCUAUUGUAGACUGUUAAUUUAUUCCUAAUGGAGUUUAUUUUCUGCUAGAAUUAUUCUAAUAUUUAAGAAGGCCAAUUUUAACUGCUGUAAAAGUGGUUUCUGUGUGAGAGAAGGGAAGAACUGAGAGCUAAGACAUUUCUAAUUUAUUGCUUAUUGCUUUCUUACUGUUUACAGGAUAAUUAUAAGCCAGUGGAUCUACCGUCUUUUAUUCUUAAUAAUUAUUAAUCCCUUCAAUGAAACUUUAAAAAAUUACUGAAUUUUUAUACAUUGCAUACAUUUUAUAGGUUUCUUGUGCUCACUUUGUUAACUAAAAAGUUAGUCUGUUAAUCUGUCUUUUGUUCCCCAAAAAUGUACAGUAAUUGUUUCUCGUUUGUAUAAGUAUGCCUGGAUUUUAUUAUAAAACUGUCAUUGUAGGAAGUAGAGACUCAUAUCAUGGCUUUUUAAAUAUUGUAAUAAAGGCAAAUGGAUAUUUGCCCUUAGUUUACUGGUUAAAAGUUUGUUUACAGAAAUUUUCUUUGGUGCUUUUAUGUAAAAUGUUAUGGGCGGAAAGAAUAAUUUUAUAGUAGUAACAGAUUUUUUUCAUUUAGGAAAAAUAUCUUUGGUUUUGGUUUUGAGAGAAUACAUUAAAAUUAAAAACUUGCCCCAUCUAUAUAGGAAUUUUAUAAUGAAGACAUACAUUCGUCUUAAUUUUAAUCUUCUUGUUCCUGUUAAAGAUUUACCUACAUAUAGAAGAUGUGUGGUUUAAGAUAAUGUGCUAUUUAUAGCUGUAACUUAAAUGUCUCCUCUAAUCAUGACCUUAGAACUCCCUGGAUAACAGAAAUGAGGGUUGAGAUAAAUAGAAAAAAAAAUUUUAAGCCAGAACCAUGCCCAUUUUCAGUCAUAUGUUGUAUCUUUUUAAGGUCUCAAACAUUAAAGCAUCAAUUAUAAAAUACUGAUAAUGAAAGAUGAUGCAGUAUACAUGAUGACAAGAAUUGGGAAUAUCCAAAGUUAAAAC